UUCAAGCGAAAGGCUGAAAGGCAGAAACCGGGCAGCCGCCCGGUGUAGCAUCUUCGCCCGACACUUUUGGCGGGAGGAGGUGGGCCAAGCGCGCGCCGCCAAACAGCCCGGUCAGCCCGCUCUGCCCCGACGGCGGCGAUGAUUGACGGCGGCGUCCGUUGGAAAAAAGCCGAUCGGCCUUCCACGCGGGCCUUCCACCGUCCGUUGGACUGAGGGGGGGAGGCAGGCAGAGAAGGCGAACGGGCGCGAGACGGCCUCGAAAGCCUGGCGGCUCCCCGCAGACCGAGCCACCUCGAUGGAGGACCCACUGCUCUCGGCCGCGCCCAUUAACCCCAACAACUUCCCCGCCAAGCUGUGGCGCCUGGUCAACAGCCCGCGCUUCCGCUCCAUCCGCUGGGACGCCCGGGGCGAGGGACUCCUCAUCGACCAGCCCUUGUUCGAAGCCGAGCUCCUGGGCGCGGGCGGCAGCGGAAUGGCCGUCGCAGUGGGAGGCGGCCCUGGGGGCGAUGGCGCCGGCCCCACCUCCGCCGGCGGCUCUUCAGUGUCUCCGUCUUCGUCGUCCACCUCCUCCUCGCCGGAGCUGUUCAAGACAACCAAUUUCACUAGUUUCAUCCGGCAGCUCAAUUUGUACGGCUUCCGCAAAGUGGUGCUAGGCCCGCCGGGAGGCAGCGGGGGCUCUUCGUCUGGCGGUGGAUCCACCGCAGGCGCCUCAGCUGCCGCCUCGGCUCCCGGCGGCCCCUUGCACCAUUUUCACAGCCCGCACUUUCGCCGCGACCGGCCCGAUCUGUUGGUUCAUCUCAAACGCCUGACUAGCGCGAACAAGGCCAAGCUCGCCGCAGGCCUGGAAGUCACCAGCCGGCCACCCAACCGCUUCCAGCGCCUCCUCAGCACCUCCCUUCACGGUGGCGAGGCCCUCCUCAGCCAGCAACAUCAGCACCAUCACAAUCCCCCGCCGGCACAUGCAGGGGCCGUAGCUGCCAAGAACGACAACAAGCCCGCUCCAUUGACUUUAGAACAGGUUCAUCGAUCUUUUCGGCGAGACAGUUUAUCUCCUUAUUCCUACCUGUCACCAUCAUCUCACAACCAAAAUGCUUUUCCACUGAAAGGUUCCGAUCGGACUCCUUUUCCUCCCAGAACAUGGCAGAACUCCCUUGGAAUGCUCCCAGGUCAGGUGGAGACAUCAGCUUUUUCAGACAAAGGUGUUCCAUUUCCUGUGUUGCAGAGGUUCCCAACAGAAGUAACUUAUACUCUGCAGCCCAGCUCUACAUCUGUGCAUAUUCAACAAGGGCCUCAGACAAUGGCCCCAUCUUCCCAGAAAUAUACCAGUUAUGCAGCUUCAGCACCAUACUCCCAAGCUUACUAUCCAACAGCUGUAUUACAAUGUUGUUCUCCACCUACCCACAUGGAUCCCCUAAGCGGUUGUGGUAGUCCUACAGCCUCAAUCUAUACACACUGCAGCUAUUUUCAGAAUCCACCAAUGCAAUCUUCAUAUCCAGUUGAAUUUUUGCCUUCUAAUUGGUCCUGCAACACCUCUGAUGAAAACAAGAAGACAGAAGUCAAUCUAGAAGCCGUCUUCCAGAUUGUUGAUGAAAUGCAUUCAUCCCCAAAACUGGAAAUGGUAAAAGUAGAACCAGUGGAGAACCAAUGUCCAACUUCACAGUCAAAUCGAAACCAGCAAUUAAUAGUUAAUUCAGGGAAUAGUGAUACAGCUUCUUCAGGUCAAACCAGCCACUUAGAACCUCUAACACCUGUAGGCUCAGAUAUCACAUCCUUUGUUGUAGAGUCUGAACAAGCUAUAGCAUGCUCCUUGCCACAGUCUCCAGAGUUUAUCUACGCUAUUCAUACCGCAGAACCUGUGGAGAAUACCACAGCUCAAAUAGUGCAACAGCCUACAGUCACACCACAAACAUCAGCAAAGGUCAAAGAACAACUGAACCAGUCUUCUGCAGUGUCUCCCAUGGUAUUUGUUCAAGAGGAACUUCCAUUUAGUCAGCCACAGGAGGAUCCUAAUAUAAAGUGUGAGACAAAUACAUCAGAGACUGUUGCAUCCUCAGAACAAAUUGGUUUCCUCGUUUCAGAAGUGGGUCCUCUCAACAAAUGUGCCAAAGAUUCAGUUUCAUCCAUCCAAAGCAAAUGCAGAGAAAGAAGGAGCAGUUCACAGAAGGGCAAAUCCCCUGAUCUACAUUUGCUAGUGGAUGUGGCUUGCAAGCAAGAACAUUUUCCAAAGGAAGAAGAAUUAAGGGAGUGAGAAGUUGAUGGAAAGUAUGCACAAAUGCAGAGCAGUAGCCAGCUGGGGAAGAGCAGUGGCUUUCAUUCCAAGAGUAUUUUGGGGACUGUUAUGACAAAUAAAACUCUCUUCCAUUGCUCAUUUUUGUCACACUUGUAAAUAAUCCCACCACUGUUUUUAAUACCUCUUUAAUAGGUUUAAAUUAUUUUUUAACUUGUUUCAUCUAAUUAAUAAACUUAUUUGUCCAAAUCUGUUAAAAGUAGAAAAGCUGUAUUUCAAACAGCUGCCACAAAUGUCCCCGUAGGAUUGUUCCAAUUUCAUUUGAAGACUGUUUAUCUCAUUUUCUAGUUAAUUACACAAGCGGUUUCUUUCUUUCUUCAUUUUUCCAUCUCUAAUAGCUGCUGGAUAUUUUACGUUAAUGGUACAUUCUUGUGUUUUAAUAAUUUCCUCAUUCUAGAGCCAACAUAAAACAAGUGUUAAGGCUUAUGUUGUUUUAUUGCUUAUCUUAAAUGUCUUUGCAAGCUAUUUAACUUGUUCAAUAUGAUUGUAUUUAUUGACAAUAGAUUUUAAAGAGUAAUGACUUUGUACUUGAAUGUAUUUAUGUUGUAAUUAGAAUACAUGCAAAUGAUGUAGCAUGAUGAGAAUGUGUUAUAAGACUAUUCUGAUUUCCCAGAACUCUGAAAAAUGCAUAAGGAUAUAAUUCCUCAAAAACUCAGAUCAGAUAGAUCUGUUAUUCCAAUUGACUUUCUGCAAUUCCUAGAUUUCUUACAUCCAUUAUCUCUCAAUGAAAGGUAGGAUGAACCAAAGUCAACCACACAAACUCAGCUAUAGCCUCAUAUUGAUUUGCAAGACAGUAAUAUAUUAUUUCUUGCAAAGCUUCCAUUCCUUUGAUAUACUGAUUAUUUUGAGAUAAUUCCAAUCAUUUUUCAGAGGCUCCAUUUGUCCAUCUAUAUACAUUCAGUCUAAUAUUAAGAUAAAAUUAAGUGAAGAAUAAAAUGCUACACAAGCAGGGAGAAUACUUAGCAAGGUCUCUGAAUUUUAAAAAAUGAUAAGAGGUGCUUGUAUAUCAGUCCUGAUUUUAAUUAAAAAUAGGCAUUUCUUCAGGUCUGUUGCAGAUCCAAAUAAAUGUUGCAAAUGAAGCUCAUUCUUUAUCAUACCUGAUUGGACUACAGGAAAUAAUUGUAUUGUAGCAUAGCUUUAUUAAUAAUUCAAAAUUAUUAAUAAAGAACAUUUAAACGGGCCUCUAUUUUUAAGGCUCAGUCUGGAAAUGGUGAUAUUUAUAUCUUUACAUCUGUCUCUAAACUAACUGGAAAAUGAGGCCAAGGAGCUGGAUCUCCUACCAUAUUUAUAGACUCAGUUAUUUGACUCUUAAGCAUUUGUAGAAAAGAAAGAAUAUUCAAACUGGCAAAGGAUAAAAUAAUAUUCAAACUAUUUAAGAAAUCUCUACAAUAUUUCUUGAUGCUAAUACUCAGCAUAACUCUAUCUGGAACAACCUUCUCAGUACUUUCACAGCUUUCAGCUAAAAUGUAUUCUAUCAAUAAAUAAUAAAAAGGAUUACUCCAAAGAAGUCCAGUGUUUGCUAUAGUAAUACUUGAGUAGGACUACCAGAUUUUCUGGCAAAAAUCCAGAAUAGCUAGACAGCAGAAUGAUAGGUUGAAUCCAGUGAUUAUCUGGAUUUUUGCUGCUUUGGUCUUAAUAGUCCUAUUUGAUUUUUAUUUGAAUAAAAUUAAGUACUAAAUCACUCCACCCUCAAAAGUAUACUAAAGUGAAAGGACAGUUCACAUAGUCAUUUUAACACUGUAUAGUAAGCAAUUUAAAAUAAAAAAUUCAGUAACAGCCUACAAAUGGGAGAUCUUCAUUAUAAUAAAAAGAACAAAUCAAAACAUCAAAUAUCCAUAUUUUCCUUCUUUUAUUUGAAGAAAAUUGACCUUUCUCCAUAUACAAAUAAAAUUAUUGCAAAACUGGUUUUCA